CUUCUUCACACGCUUAAUGAAAGGGAGACCUCACUAUCGCUUCAUCCGCCUCUCCAUAUGGCUCUCCCGUGUAUCAUGUUGAUGAAAUACUGAGCAAGAUCAAGGCGCCUCUCUAGCCUCUCUCUCGUCCUUUUCAAUUGACCCGAUUCUCUCGUUUGCUUCUUCCAUCGAGCCAUGGUGGCCUCACGAAAUGGGUCGCUGGCGGCCUCCAUCCUGCUCACUGCGGCAAACGUUUUAAUCCCUUUGUCUAUUCUCGUGUUCGCCACUGGUUUCUUCCCGUAUAAGCCCUUUCUUCCUGGGUUGGCGGAAUUUGAGGCUCUCGAAUAUGGCCCCCCGCCCCAAGCUCCCUUUGAUAGACUCGUAUUCAUGGUAGUUGAUGCGUUGCGGAGCGAUUUUGUAUUUUCCGAAGCCUCUGAAUUCGAGUACACGCAGAGCCUUAUUCGCGAUGGAAGUGCCAUCCCCUUCACUGCUAAUGCCCGGUCUCCCACCGUGACGAUGCCCAGAAUCAAGGCCAUAACUACAGGGUCUAUUCCUUCGUUUGUGGAUCUGAUUCUCAACAUCAACGAGGCAGAUACCUCGUCAACGCUGGCUGCCCAGGAUACGUGGCUCUCUCAGCUCAAGGCAAAAGACACAGGCAAGCUGGUCAUGUACGGCGAUGAUACGUGGCUCAAACUCUUCCCCGAGACUUUUGAUCGCCAUGAUGGCACUUCAAGCUUCUUUGUUGCCGACUUUACAGAAGUCGACAAUAAUGUCACAAGGCAUAUCAACGAUGAGCUUCAAAAAGACGACUGGAGCCUGAUGGUGCUUCAUUAUCUUGGCCUCGAUCACAUUGGCCAUAAAUCAGGACCUCGCAGCAGUCACAUGCCAGCCAAGCAGCGUGAGAUGGAUGGCAUCGUCCACCAACUGUUUGAUGCUCUAGAAACGCAGAGCCAUCUUCAGUCAACACUAAUUGUUCUCUGUGGUGACCACGGCAUGAACGACGCAGGAAACCACGGCGCAUCAUCUCCCGGAGAAACGUCACCCGCUCUAGUAUUCAUGUCACCAAAGCUAAAGGAGAUUUCGUCCAAAUAUCCAGCCCCUGCGCAUGCCAAGAACGAGUUUGAUUACUAUUCCACGGUAGAGCAGUCCGAUAUCUCGCCCACGCUCGCUGCGCUUAUGAGGUUUCCCAUUUCGAAGAAUAAUCUUGGAGCCUUCAUCCCAGAGUUCUUACCCUUUUGGCCGAGUUCCAGCGACAAGGUGCAGAUUCUCAUUCGCAACGCCAGACAGAUUCUCAACAUUGUCACGGCGGCGUUUGGAGGCGAACUUUUUGACAACCAGUCGUCUGUCGACCCAUGCGUUUCAAAAUCUGCAUCGGAUAUCAGCGAACUAGCCUGUGAAUGGCGCAAAAUAAACUUGGAAGCAUCUUCCCAAGCCAAUGCCAAUGAGGUCGACAAAGAAUGGCUUGCGGCUACGUCUACCUGGAUUCGUAAAGCCCAAGAUCUCAUGAGCAGCAUGGCGUCAAACUACGACAUGUCAAGGCUAUCGCUUGGUCAGGGAAUUUCAGUCGCUGCUGUGAUUGCCAGCGUGGCCAGCUUGACACUGCAAGGCUUUUGGAAGUCGGGCUUUCUUCUUCCGCUGUUUUUGCUCGCAACGUCUUAUGGCCCCAUGAUGUUUGCUAGUAGUUAUGUAGAGGAAGAGCACCAUUUCUGGUAUUGGACUUCUACCAUAUGGCUGGCUUACCUCGGUGCCAGAGAAGUUCACAGGUCGUCACGUAUCUCUUCAGCAUUAAGUCAUAUAACCGCCCUAGGCGCUCUAAGACUCAUAAGAAGCUGGAACCAAACUGGCCAGAAAUUUGCCGGCGAGCCAGACACCGUCAAAACCUUUCUCAUUCCCAACCCUGAGCUGCUGUGGGUUUUCAUCACUCUGGCGUACGUCGUGGUGACCCUACAGACUCUCCAAAGCCUGUCUUUGGCUGGCCUGCCUUUUCUCUUGACCACUUUCUUGGUGCCACUCUUAUUUUCGGCAACUCUUGCCUUCAAACUGGCCUUCACUGCGGAAGAUGCCCCUGAGUUGGUUGUGGGAUUUGCACGCACUCUCUUGGAUAUCCUCCAGGGCCCAUCCCUCAUCUUUAGAGCGAGGAUCAUCUUUGGAUUACUCACGGCUUUGUUUGGCUUUGCCGUCUAUCGAGCAAAGGUCGGAGGACCUCAAGUAACUCAAUCAGCCGCACAACUCACCCACCACCUCUGCACCCUCCUCGCAAUGACCCAAACCCGCGCCACAAACAUCCCCCUCUUCCUCCUCUCCACCAUCAUUCUCCAAACCCUCCAAUCAGCCAACCUCUCCAUCGCCGAAAUCACCACCUCCUCCAUCCUCCUCCAAUACGUAACCUUCUUCGCCUUUGGCGGCUCCAACGCAAUCUCCUCCGUCGACCUCUCCAGCGCCUACAACGGCAUCAGCGGCUUCAACGUCAUCGCCGUUGGCUUCCUCACCCUCGUCGGCAACUGGGCCGGCCCCAUAUUCUGGACUUCGGCCACGAACUUGCUUCUCCUGCGGGAAUAUAGACAGCGCGGACGAGCGGAUGCGUUUCGCUACCAUCUCAUUCUGUUGACUGUCUUUGUGUCGAUGAGCGUGGCGUUUGUCAUUGCGGCGUGUACGGCGCUGAGAACACAUUUAUUCAUCUGGACUGUGUUUUCGCCAAAGUACUUGUACUGCAUGGCGUGGAGCUUGGGGCAGCAUUUGUUGGUUAAUGUGGCUUUUGGCGGCCUCUUGUUCUGGAUAGGUACUUGAGCCGAAGCAGGGGAGAAAAGAAAAGAUAAUUAAUCUUGUCCUUUUGC